AUGCACCUCCUCCACCUCCCAAACGAGCUCCUACAAUUAAUCGCCGGUAACCUGACGAUCGACCAAGACCUAAACGCAUUAAUCCAAACUCACAGUCGGUUUUAUCAUUUGCUGGAGACCCAGCUAUAUGAACAGAAUGCUCAUUUCGGCGAGAGUUCCGCGUUAGCCUGGGCCGCAGCGCACGGCCGAAUAGAGAUCGCAAAGAAAUGCCUUCGAGCUAACGCCGACGCCGACACUACUGGUCCUCUCCACAAAUCCAAUUUUAAAUUGAACUUGAGGACUUGUCCAAGUAUCAUAUUGCCUUCGGGAUAUGUCUAUGAAUGUGGCUAUCCCGACAAUCGACGCCGGUCAACGCCGGUCAUGCUUGCAGCAGUGUGCGGACAUGUGGAGAUCCUCGACCUGCUAGUCACGCACGGAGCCGACAUUAAUCGUGUGAUUGGAGAUUGUACCCCAAUACUCGGCACGAUAGGUCAUGGGCAAAUUGCGGCAUUUGGAUUGCAUGAAGACCAUAUAGACAUAGUGAAUCUGCUGCUUCAGUACGGUAUCGAUCCCUACAAGCACUCACCACUCGCACGGGCAGCACACUGGGGUAAAGUGAACGCAGCUCGUGCAUUACUAGAGGGAGGUGCAGGUGUCGAGGGAACAGGUGAACCCUAUGAAGACGCAUACUCCGAAGGACUGACUCUCCUCGCAUUUGCCGCUCGAUGGGAUUAUGUCAAAUCUGCUGAGGUGCUUGUCAGUCAAGGUGCCAGCGCCAACUCCGUGAUGCAUGGUUCUACGACGUUAGCUAUAGCGAUUGAUUAUGAUAGUGUGUCAAUGGUAAAGUUCCUUGAGAAUGGGGCUGACUUGAACAUCACGGACAUUCGAACUUCAGGAACAAGGCCACUGCUUUUACGAGCAAUUAAGAAACCAGAUGGCGAAGAAGUAGGCCAGGAAAUAGUGAGAACACCGUUAUUCUUUGCCACAGUUAAACAGAAUCUGGACACUAUGAGGCUGUUGCUCGGACAUGGCGCCGACCCAACCUGA